AUGAAAGAUAAAGAACCCACUUCCGUCAAGGCCAUCACACAGGCCACUCACCCAUACCCCACCACCCCCCACCCAACAUCUCAAUCUUCCAAGUCCAGACCAAAAUAUUUCCUGCCAGAUGUCCUACAAGAAGACAAUCUGGAGAGUGUGAUGGAUCUGAUCCCAUACCAGCCUGAUCCACCAUCCCCUACCUCCCCUCCCAGUCCACAAUCCCCCCCUGAUACACCAACCCCUGGAGAUCACAUAAACUGUGUCCACCCCCUCAGACCUGACCUCCUGGUAUACAAGGAAUUCAAUGUUAAGGUACACACUCCUAGCGCCAACGACACCCAUGAAACCGGUCUCACCAGCUCUAUCCAUGCCCCCAGUAAUGUAUCGGGAGACCAGUUGAUGAACAACCUCCUAAGCCCUACUGCCACACACACUCCUAUGCCAGAAGAACAAGCUAUCCUAGUGCACCUGGUGCUCACAGAUAUGAACCAGUCUGUGUUAAGUCACAAUGGCAUGAGCCAAAGCACAGCCCUCCCACAAUUCACCCCUGCCCUAACCAGUGGAUUUCCAAUUAUACACAUGCUUCACUCAGCACAAAUUUUCGACCACUUGGACAACAGGGUCCUGCUCGCCUGGUUCCAGGUUGAGCACCCUAAGUUCAUGGUUCAAGUUUUUAAUCAUUCAGGAAAGGGUGUAGCUGAACAGGCUGCCAUAAUAGCAGAACAUAUAUGCACCACCAUCACUACCAUAGUAGAGUCCAUCCAUCAUACCACCCCUGUCUGCAUUUCCCCACCACAACCCCAAGACGAAGGACCUAAUCCUGCAUCAAUGCAUAUGGUCCACAACUGA